UCAUGGUCAGUCACGUGGAAAAAGAUGAUCAGUUAAUAAUAUUAGACAGCAGUAUUUUGUAGUAGACUAAUAGGAAAACUAUUAGAAAAAAAUAAUCGAAAUUUCCACGUAGUUAAUAUAUUUUGGAAUCUGUUGGAAAGUUAUUGAAAUCGGAAGAAUACGUCAGAGGUCUCCUCAUCCCAUGCCGGUUUAAAAAGACCUACUCCCAUUGGUUUGGACGCAUCAGCUGACUCUGCCAGUCUUCAACCUACUUACGUUUUACUACUAAGUUCGAAAUGAUUUUAGUCAAAAACUCACAUGAUCGCUUAGUAGUAACACAGAUAACCAAAGUCUCAUCAAAAAGAUAUCAAGAAUAGUUUUCUUUUGGAUUAAUCCUCAUUAAACAGGCUACUUUUAAAUAUUGAUCAUUCGACUAACGGUUCCGGCAUAUUUCUGAAUGCUUCUAGUUACCUGGCUUGUUUAAGAUAUUUAAGCAACCCAUACGGAUUUUAGUAUGAUAUAGAAAUGUCCCGCAAACGGUGUAGAGAAGAUACAAUGGUUGAAACUAAGAACACAUUGGAUCUGAUGGCUCUCCCUCAGUCUCAAGUGAGACCGGCGCCGUUCAGUGAUGAGCCAGAUGCAGCUAUUGAGCGAGAUCAUUGCGAUUAUACGCAAAGAGUAACCUACAAAAUGGCUAAAACUGGAAGAUGCGGUCGCAAGAUACGAGUAUACGCAGAUGGUAUUUACGACCUGUUUCAUCAAGGCCAUGCUAGACAGCUGAUGCAAGCCAAAAACAUCUUUCCUAAUGUACAUUUAAUUGUUGGUGUCUGCAAUGAUGAACUGACACAUUCUAUGAAGGGCAGAACUGUUAUGACAGAGGAAGAGCGAUAUGAAGCCGUGAGACAUUGUCGCUAUGUCGAUGAAGUUGUCCGUGACGCUCCAUGGCAGACAGAUGACGAGUUCCUAAACAAGCACAAGAUCGAUUUUGUUGCCCACGAUGAGAUCCCUUAUAAUACUGGUGGCAUUAGUGAUGAUGUAUAUGCUCACCUUAAGGAAAGGGGUAUGUUUGCUGCCACUGAAAGAACUGAGGGAGUUUCCACCUCCGACCUCGUGGCCAGGAUAGUCAGGGAUUACGACAUUUACGUCAGGAGGAACUUGGCUAGGGGAUACAGCGCUAAGGAACUUAAUGUUUCCUUCCUUAAUGAAAAGAAAUUCAGGCUUCAAAAUAAGAUGGAAGAAUUGAAGGAUAAGAGUAAACGAGUCAUGGAAAAUUUUGGGGAAAAACGGUUUGACAUGCUCCAGAAAUGGGAAGAAAAAUCUCGAGAUUUCAUUGAUGCUUUUCUUCUUCUGUUUGGCAGAGAUGGAAGACUUUCUCACAUAUGGAGUGAGAGUAAGGGGCGGUUGAUGCAGGCUCUGUCACCACCAUCGAGCCCGCCUAGGGACGGAAGCCCAUCUGACAGUGAAGGAAGAGCGAGCCCACCUCCAUGCAAGGCUGGCCGAUUUGAUGGAGACUUGACCGAGGACGAGGAGGACAUAGCCCACUCUAUUUCCAACUGAGGGUGUUGUGAAUGCUGUCUUGUUUCUUCUUGAUGUCAUUAUCCUUUUUGUAGCAAAUUAUAUUUAAUUGAAGAAGAAGAAAGUAAUUUGUUUUGUCCCCGCCCUAUCUCUCUUUGCCUUGCUGUGCUACUGGUAAGUGUAUCUUUGAGUUUGUGGAUAAAGGUACCUGCUCAGCACACCUGAACGCGUAAAGAAAAAAAAUCUGUUAUCGAUUAUAUAGAAGUUAUAUUUAUACAUAUAUAUAUUUAUAUUGUAUAUUUAUUAAACCUACUUUUCUUGAAUAUUUAUUUUUAUAAAUAUGCUUACUAAAGGCAAGGGGUUAAGAUUGUAUUUUUAAGUUAUUUAUAAACUAUUUAUUGAAAUUAUGCUAAUUUUAUUUAGAGGUUUUUAUUAAGACAUCAUGAGUAUUGAUUACUAUUAGUUUAUUGUUAUUUCGAUUUUUUAAAAAUUAGGAUAUUUCGAAUUAGUAUUAUUAUUAAAAAUAAUUAAUUUAACAACUUGUUUUCCUAUACUUUAAUGUUUUUGCAUAUUGCAAAUUUCUACCAAAGGCGAGAGAGAGAAUUUUAGUUAAUAUCGAAUAAAUGUUUUAUGUGAUAAUUUUCACCGAUGGUUUUAGAAAACUAUGGAUUAAUAUAAAAAAUAUAUAUAUGAUGUUUAACUUGAGAUCAUACCAUAUUUUGUCGAUUGUUAGGUUAGUAGUUGUUAAAGAUAUAGUCAGCUUGCAACUACGUGAGCUAGUGCUAAAUAAUAUAAAUGUUAGCUCAAAUCUAAGAGAAAAAAAAGAUAAAAUUAUCCAAUAGAGUUAGACAAAACAACGUCCACUUAACACGUGUUGAUGUCAUUUACGAUUAAGGACCGACAGACUGCCGUUUUGGUAUGUUACUUUUUGAAAGCAAUAACGUCAUCUUCGGGGAUAAUUAUUUUUUACUAUGAUUUUAUAAGCAUUUUAGUUACAUUGUAUAUUUUGUUUUUAGUAAUAUGUUUACAUUGUCUUAUAAUAAUUUCUAUGUAUAUGCCAGUGUUAGAUGUGUUUAAGCAGAUUAUACUGUGAUCUAGUUUCCUAUUAUUUUUUAUUAGCAAAUCAAAGACCUGAUGUAUUUUUUUAAUUUUGAAGUCCAGAUUGUAAUAAAUUAUAGGUCGCUUUAAAAAAUACAUUGCUUUAGCUAUGUCAAUAGUUCGAAUUCACUCUAUGCAGUCCCUUACUCAGCUUCCUUGUUAUUUUAGCCAAAAACAUAACAAAACAAAAACAGUGGAUCUAUGUAUAUUUCCGUUAUUUUUCGGAAGUAUACUAGCAUUAAGUUAAGAUCUGGUAUAAUUGUUAUUUUCUAUUUAUAAGAUAUGUUUUAAUUAAAUUAAAUGUGCACUUUUGUGACUUGUGUGAUGUAUCGAUGGUGCAUUUUUUUCAAAUUGUAUGUAUAUAUUUUUGUAGAAAGUCAAGUAGUCGCACUUUUUGUAUUCGGUUAUAUUUUAUUAAUUGCUAAAUCGUUAUUAUUUUUUUAAAAAUUAAAUCAAUUAAUGAUUUAAUGAAAUUAAAAUGAUCUUUAGUGAUCAUUUCAACACCAAAGCAAAAAAAAAAAAAAAAAAAAGAUGAAGAGGAAAUUAUAACAAACAAUUAAAUAGUUUUUUAUAUAUUUUCUUGGACGACAAACAUUAUUAAAUAAUUUAAUCUCUUUUGUCAAAAUAUUGUGCACAAUGGAUUCUUGUAGUUUACAUUUAUACCACAUUCGUAAAUCAAAAUAAAGUAUAUGUUAACUAUGAAAUAUUUUUUUAAGUACCCUGAUUUUACCUUUCUCGUCAGUUCUCAAGAGCAUGAUAGAGCUAAAAGAAAAAUAUAAGUUUAGUCCUUUGAAAGUAUACAAGAAAGUUUCUAUCAAGCCUGGCAGAGCUGGGCCUGUAAUUAUCACCCUCAUAAAGCGUAAUGAAAAUACAUUUUUAACAUUUAUGUCAAUUAGAUUCUAAAGAAAGAAAUCUUCGCUGCUAUUGUUUCUUUGGUACAGUAUAAGGAAAUUAAAUGAAAAUUGUGAGUAUACAGCAUUCUUUAAUGUGAUAACUUUUGGAUAAAAUCUUAAUUUUCAAUACAAUAAUAGCCCAGUCAAUUUUAUAUAAAUAAGGUAGUUUAUGUUACUAAAAAUACAGUAGUUUUUUUGGGAGGGGAGGGGAAGUACUGGAACUGAAUCUGGAAUUAUUUAACAAAAUUUCUUAUUGCAUUUUGAGAUGUAUAGAUAACAUAAUAGAUUUUUGUACUUUCCUUGUUUGUUAGUAAUUUCAAAAGCAUGUGUGAUAUGGAAAAAAUCGUUCAGAUAUAUUUUGAAGAUUAAAAUUUUCCACAAUUUUAAAUUAUUCACCUCUGUAGAGUUAAAGAGCUACUGCAGGAGCUCAAAUUUAGUAUAUAUAUAUAUAUAUAUAUAUAUUUUUUUUUUUUUUUUGCGGCAUGAGUACACUGCGGCCAUGUAGGCCUAUUGUACGCAAGUGUGUACCUAUUGUUCGGAAGUGUGUGCCAGGUGAUGGCACAACUUAACAUUGAUAAGUAUAUUUUGGAAAAGAUAAGAAUAUCAUAUAUCAUUUGUGAUAACAAUAUCACAAUAAUGUUCAGUGAUCAACUUUAUCCAGGAUGGACAGUUCUUUGAGAAUAAUAACUUGGCUUCCGUAAAAAAUAAUGGGUUAAUGGACCCUUUACAAAUCAAACAUUGGUAUUAAAUUUUCCAGUUUUCAUUUAUUCAAAAACCUUUAAAACUUAGCUAAAAAAUCUACAAAAGCUAUCUUCAUUCUUUCUCUAUUAGGUUAAAACUUUAAACUAAAAAGCUUUAAUAAAAACUGGAUAACUUUGCUCGCGUCCAUACAUUGUACACGUGCCCUCCGGUUAUAACUAAAUGAGCAAUAUUGUCGCCGGGAAGACAGUUCAACAACAUAGAAUCCACAAAAAUAUGAAUCCAUCAAGAUUAAGGAAAACAAAAGGCCCAGUCAACACACAGCUUAAGGCUAUGUUCAGGAACGCUGGUGGCCUAACUGCUGACAAAUUCACAGAAUGGAAGACGAUUAUUACAAAGGAGGAUGCUGAUUUAUAUGGGAUCGUAGAAGCCGGCUCAUCCACUGAAAAUAUCCAGUUCUACCAAUUACCGGGAUAUCAAACUUAUAAACUGCAGAGAUCCAGGCAGGUUGCAUCAGGAAUAAUUGUCGCUGCUAAAUCAUCCCUCAAGGUAACCUUUUCAAUUAAAAAGAAGAUGGAAGAGAAUGAUAAAUUGGAGUCUGUACAGUUAGAUGUAUGGAAAAGGA